GCUUAGGAGAAGGCUAGAGUUACACGGAUUCACGAGGAGCUUCGCGACCAGGCUGUAGGCGGUAACAUUAUAAGAACUGGAUCUGGGGCUUAUUUAUGUUUCCCUUUUCCGGUUCUAUUGACUCGGUAAGAUCCGGAUCGCAGGAGUAAACAACAGAGCGCAGGAGUCGCAGCGGCGGCAUGGACGCGGCUCCAGGAUAAAGUGGAUCGGGACUGUCGCUGUUUUCCCGUCUCCGCUGUCGGUGCCGUCGCGUCCGCGUCCGCGUCCGCAGCCGCUCACCUCAGCCUCCAGGUAGCUCCGGAAGCAGCUUGACAACACACUGGCCAAGAUGGUUCAGGUCAACAACAAUGAGUGUCACGACGUGAUGAACGUCAGCGCCGCAGACCGCUGCGCGUUCGUGAAGGACACGCCGGACUGUGACAUGGAGGGCGGCUUCAUCAACUACCUGCAGGUGGCCUUCUGCCUGCUGCCCCCCAGCCUCACGCCCCUCGCCGUCACGCUCUGUGUUCUGUGGCUGCUCUUCUUGUUUCUUGUCCUUGGACUUGCAGCGUCUAAGUUUUUCUGUCCCAACCUGUCGACCAUCUCCACCAGCCUGCACCUCACGCACAACGUUGCCGGCGUGACGUUCCUGGCUCUGGGCAACGGCGCCCCGGACAUCUUCAGCGCCAUGGCGGCUUUCUCCUACCCACACACGGCUGGCCUCGCUGUGGGAGCUCUAUUCGGCGCCGGUAUCUUCGUCACCACGGUCGUCGCCGGCAGCGUGGCGCUGGUCAAACCUUUUGCCGUGGCCUCUCGUCCGUUCCUGCGCGACGUCAUCUUCUACAUGGUGGCGGUGUUUUGGACGUUUGUGAUACUGUACAGGGGAACCACCACGCUGGGAGAAAUACUGGGAUACCUGGCCCUCUACGCGGUGUAUGUCAUCACUGUCAUCGUCAGCGCGUACGUCUACAACCGGCAGAAACAUGCAACCAACACCAGUGUCCAGAAUGCCUCACAUAUUUCAGCAGUGGAGUUUAACUCGUCGGACUCGUCGGACGAUGACGACGUUCCCCGCCUGGGUUCCAGAGCCGUGCAACCAGAUUACGGGAGGAACGGGGCUGAUUUCGCGACGGAGUACAGGCCGCUGCUGCCCUACUCUGAGUCCACGAGUCAGAUCCUGCUGAGCUCGCUGAACCCGGUGGACAACAGGAAGUGGAGGAGGAAACCGUGGAGCUGGAGGCUGCUUAAAGUGCUGAAGACACCCGUAGAGGUCCUGCUGCUGCUCUGCAUCCCGGUUGUGGACCCUGACAAAGAGGACAAGAACUGGAGGCGCCCUUUGAACUGCCUUCAUCUGAUCACUGCUCCGCUCGUGUGCGUGUUCACCUUCCAGUCUGGAAUAUAUGGCACUUAUAUGAUCCAAGGCGAAUUUCCCCUGUGGCUGCUGGUUUUUCUGCUUGGACUUUUCCUUUCUGCUAUCGUUUUCUGCGCCACCACCAACGACCACCCUCCCAAAUAUCAGUCGCUGCUCUCUCUGCUGGGCUUCGUGGUGAGUGCCGUGCUGAUUAGCGCGCUGGCCUCUGAGGUGGUCAGCCUCCUCCACAUGCUCGGGGUGGUGCUGAGCCUCAGCACCACUGUACUGGGCCUGACGCUGCUGGCCUGGGGCAACAGCAUCGGAGACUGUUUUUCUGACAUCACCAUCGCCCGACAAGGUUACCCACGAAUGGCCAUCUCCGCCUGCUUUGGAGGCAUCAUUUUCAAUAUGCUGAUUGGAGUAGGUUUGGGUUGUCUGGUGCAGAUGGUUAAAACACAUGAAAAUGUACAGUUUGAACUACAGGGUUUGCUGACGUGGAUUCUGGUCGGCUCGCUGGGUUUGUCGCUGGUCCUGUCCUUCGUCAUUGUCCCGCUGUGCCGCUUUCACCUGGGUCGGCCCUACGGGAUCUUUCUGCUCUCGUUCUACGCCGUCUUCCUUGUCAUUGCACUGCUCGCGGAGUUUGGAAAGAUCCACACUGUAAAGACAGGACACUGAGGCCUGAAACAAAGGAUGAUGAUGCAGAGUGACACACUGGAAUGGAGGCUGCACAUCAUCUUCUGCCUUUGAUUUAAUGCACUGUUUUUAAAAUAAUUGAGAGUGAGUUUGUCUAAUUACGUAAAGUCGACCUCUGGCUCGUUGGUGAAGCCAACCAAAAAAAGUGACAAACAUUUUAUAGCUCAGGGAGAGUUUAAACUAAUCCCACUGUGCCUUUUUUCACCCUUUUGUUUUAAGUACGUGUUUUGUACAUAUAUGUAAGACACGAACUUCAGUUACUGUAAAUGAAAAUGUUGUAAUUACCCUUUUAAAGUGCUGCUUUUAAGUAAUUAAAUCAUUUGGUUUGGUUUCUGUUUCUACA